AUUAAGGAGUAUUAGCAUACAUAAUAAAAUACACAAGAAAAUGACUAAUAGUUAUAAAACUUUAAUGACUAAAAUGAAACUAAAAACAAGUUAUAAGUUGAUAAUAAUAAACAAGUAAAAUUACAAGAAUCAACUUCACCUAUUUCAGCACUAAGAAGAACCACAACAAUUGGAAAGAAUACAGUAGAUUAGCCUAAUGUAAACAUAAUAGAUUAAAUUUAAUAAAAUAAUUAGCUAAAUAAUGCAUAGGAAGAAAUUAUGUAACUAAAAGAAUAAAUAAAUACGAAAAAUUAACAAAAGAGAAUCUCUGUUUUUGGUUUACAAACAGACUUUUAAAUUAAAAAAGAUGAUCCUUAAUAAUAAUUAGAUGACCUUAUAAUGCCUUCGCUGAGUAAUUUAGAUGAUAAUGAUGAGAAAGAAUAAUCAAAAAAAAUUGAGGAAGAAAAAAAAUAAGAUGAUGAUGAGAAAAAACAGGAAGAAGAAGUAUAAGAUGAAAAUGAAAAAAAAGAAUAAGAAAUUCUUGAAAAGCUAAAGCAUACAGUUUAAGAAGAAACAUAGGAACAUUAUUAGUAGAUUUAAAAAAGUGAUGAUAAUGAUGAUAAAGAAUAAACAAUAAAAAAUAAGGAAGAAAAGCAAGAAGAUUAUGAUGAGAAAAGGCAGGAAGAAGAAAAUGUAAAAAAAGAAUAAAAAAUUCAUGAACAGCCAAAUGAUGACAAAGAUGAUGACAAAGAAUAAUCAAAAAAAAAUAAGGAAAAUAAAAAAGAAGAUGAUGAUGAUGAGAAAAAACAAAAAGAAGAAGAAGAAAAUGAACAAAAAGACUAAGAAAUUCCUGUAAAACCAAAACAUACAGUUUAAGAAAAAAUAUAGGAACUUUAUUAAAAUAUUUAAAAAAAAAAGUCCAUGGUCAAAAUGUCUUCUUUUCUGGUAUAAAAAGGGGAAGUAAAUGGGAAUUUAAAUUAAGAUGAAAAUGUUUCUCCAACAAAAGAAGAAGAAAGUG